AUGACUGCGGAGAAAUUGACCGUUGCUGACUUCGAGGCGCUCAUAGAACGUGGAUGGAGACGAAGUGGCUACUCCUGUUACCAGCCAACUAAUUCAAUCAACUGCUGUCCCUGCUACGCUAUUCGUUGCGAUGCUCAAGCCUUUAAACCCUCGCGCUCACAACGUCGUGUUCUUACCGAUAUGGUGAAUUUUCUCAACACGGGCAAAAAGAACGACGGGGAACGCCUUACUAGUACGCGAGUUGCGGAGGAAGACCCGCUAUUGGCCGAAAUCAAGCAUUCUUACACUUCGGUGGAGGGAGAUACCUGUGCGAAGUUUUGUAAGUCAUGCCUGUCCUAUGCUGAAACCGGUUGA